UAAGAAGAAGCACGGCAAUGCUGCGUAGAACUGCCACGACUGUGGGAUCCGCAUGUAAAAAUUACGGCCUGAAUUGCAAAAAAUUCGCAAAAAACCGAAGAACCAUGGCCGACCUUCAGCAGAUUGCCAGCAACAACGAGCGCGCCGAAGCGCUGAUCAACUCCAUUGAAGCCGAGAUUUCCGGCAUCCAGCAACAACUUGUGGAGCGCCAGAAGCAGGAGCUGAUCAAGGAGAACGCCGCUCUGGCCAAGGAAGUGGAGGCCGCCCUGGCCCAACUGGUGCAGCUGGAACUGCGAAAUGGCAAGAAACAGAUUCCGGUGCCCGGAUCUCGAGGAUUCUGCACCAGUGCAGCGCCAGUAGCUCCACCCGCAGAGGUUGCAUCUGCUCCCGCUGCUGAGGCUCCCAAGUCAGCCAAGGAGCCCAAGGAAAAGAAGAUCAAGGAGAAGAAACCGGCUGCCGAAAAGCCCGCCGCGGCUCCAGAAGCUCCCGUUGACGUGGGCCGCCUGGAUCUGCGCGUGGGCAAGAUUGUGGAGGUGGGUCGCCACCCCGACGCCGACAGCCUGUAUCUGGAGAAGAUAGACUGUGGCGAGGCGGCACCACGCACUGUGGUUUCCGGCCUGGUAAAGUUCGUGCCGCUGGAAGAGAUGCAGAACCGUCUGGUGGUGGUCAUGUGCAACCUGAAACCGGCCAAGAUGCGCGGCGUCACCUCGGAGGCGAUGGUAAUGUGCGCCUCAACGCCAGACAAAGUGGAAGUGCUAAGUCCGCCCGCCGGAGCCGUUCCCGGCGAUCUUGUCCACUGUGAGGGCUACCCUCGGCAGCCGGACGCCCAGCUCAACCCCAAGAAGAAGAUCUUCGAGGCUUGCGCGCCUGAUCUGAAGACCAACGCCGACCUAGUGGCCUGCUACAAAGGCGCCGCUCUGCAUGUUCCCGGCAAGGGCAACGUGGUGGCCCAAACCCUGAAGAACGUGAAUGUUAAGUAAGCCAAUAAGCGAAACAAAAUCUUUUUGAAGUGAGCAAAUAAACGAAACAUCACCUCCUGCAAAA